AACAUGAGUCAGUGGAUGCUACAGGGCAUUUUAUUUUUCGUGCUUCUCUGCAACUGCGAUGGACAGACAGAAAGUAAAAGAAGGUUACCCUGGCGACACAGAUUUGUCUCAGCAGAAACAUUCUUUGAUAUGCACGGCGCUGCAGACCCAGGGGUCUCAAUUAGUUCUGCACCGAGGUUCACCCUUCUGGCUCCAGAUCUGCUGAGGACAGACAGCCAGGAGAACAUCUACCUACAGGCAGACGGUCUAUCCAACCCCAUCACUGUCUCCAUCUCUAUCCAGGACUUCAGUAAGACUGCCACACUCCUCCAGGACUCUGUCACACUCAAUGUGGAAAAUGGAUACCACAUUCUCAAAUCCAUACAGCUUCCCUCGAAUCAGUUGAAUCGUGAAGAGAAGAAGAACAAGUUUGUGCAUCUGAAGGUGAACUUUGAGGGCUUCCACUAUGAGGAGAGGGUACUCAUGGUGUCCUUUCACUCUGGAUACAUCUUCAUCCAGACAGACAAACCCAUCUAUAACCCUGGAGACACUGUUCGGUUCAGAGCCUUUGCGUCCUCCCCGUCCUUUAAGGCCCUUGAAAGCACUGUCUCAAUAGAUAUCCAGAAUCCAGACGGUGUGGUGGUUAAACAAAUCUCCACGAGCAGAGCCACUGGUGGAGUCUUUGCAGACACUUUUCCUCUCUCUGAAAUUGUCAAUGAAGGAACAUGGAUAGUGACUGCAAAGUUUGACCACUGGCAGCAGAACACAUUCACCUCUCAGUUCCAGGUGAAGAAAUAUGUGCUUCCGGCCUUCAAUGUCACCUUGACACCCAGGAAGUCCUUCCUCAGCCUGGAUGACAGUGAAUUGGUAGUAGAUAUCUCGGCCAGGUACCUGUAUGGGGAGCCAGUCCAGGGGACGGCCUACGUGGUGUUUGGAGUGAAGAUCAAUCAAGAGAUGAUAAGGUUGCCUUCAGUGAAGGAGGUGUCAGAUCUGGAUAGAGGAGUUGUCAGACUGAGCAUGGAGGAGAUCAAAAGAGCUUACCCCAACAUUAGAUCUUUGGUGGGCAACUCUGUGUAUGUCAAGGCAUCUGUGCUCACCAAGUCAGGCAGUGAUCUGGUUGAAGCAGAGAAGACUGGCAUUAAAAUCGUCGAGUCGCUUUAUGUGGUAUCCUUCAAAGACAUGCCAAAGUAUUUCAAGCCAGGCCUACCCUUCGACUUCACAGUCCUGGUGAACCACCAUGAGGGUCCCCCGCCCCGUAACGUCCUGGUCAAGUUGAAUCUGCUGCAGAAGCCUGUGGUCGUCCCCUCUGGCAGCGCAAGAGUCACCAUCAACAUGCCCAGCGAUCAACUCCAACAAAUUAUCACUGCUGAGACCGCACAGCCUGACCUGAGACCAGAGCAGCAGGCCAAACAACAGAUCACUGUUCAUCCGUAUGUCACCUUUAACCCGAACCAGCAGAACUACCUUUAUAUCUCCACAGCGACCAACACGGUGUCUCUAGGAGACACACUGUCCCUGAAGCUGAGCAUAAAUACUGCAGACCCGACACACAAAGAUCUCAUUAAACACAUCACCUACCUGGUGCUGAAUAAAGGCAAAAUCAUUGUUGCUGGGCGUGUGGAUCGUGGCAGUCAGGUGUUCACCAGCAUCGGACUCAUAGUCACCCCGGAGAUGAUGCCGUCAUUCCGUUUUGUGGCGUUCUACAGUAUUCCCUGGGUGGGGCGCGAGGAGGUGGUGCCGGACUCCAUCUGGGUGGAUGUGGAAAAUUCCUGUGCUGGAGGGCUGACAGUUGGGCCGGUGGACGGCAUAGGUCGAGAAUACACGCCUGGGAAGAGUUUUAAUUUUAAGGUCAGAGGUGAUCCGGGGGCAAAGGUCAGCCUGGUGGUUGUGGACAACGCUGUGUAUCUGCUCAACAGGGACAGGCUUACACAGAAAAAGAUUUGGGACGUGGUGGAACAAGGAGACAUCGGCUGCACCCGAGGGGGAGGCAGAGAUGCUACUGCAGUGUUCUCAGAUGCAGGACUGCUCUACUCCUCCAACACCGGGUUUAAAACCCAAACCAGACAAGUCCUGCAGUGUCCAGGCAGUGCCAGAAGGAGGCGCUCUAUUGAACAGUUGCAGCGUAAAGUCCAGCUGGAGAGUCAUUACAAAGAGAAGCUGGAACGUCGCUGCUGUAGGGACGGCCUCAGGGAGAUUCUCAUGCCGUACUCCUGUACACGACGCUCCCUCUACAUCACAGAGGGCUGGGAGUGCAUGCGGGCCUUCCGCUACUGCUGCGCCACUUACAGGAACCAAGUAUUUGACACCCAGAUUCCCACCACCCCACCACCUAUAACCACAGCUCCCCCCACCACCUCCUCUCCAACCUGGCACACUGCAGUACUUGUUGAAAGCUUGGAUUUCCACAUAGAACGGCCACGUUUUCAUGCACGGCUUGGACGGCCUGGAAUGCUUGGACCUGAACUGCACAUACAAGGGAGGGAGUUAGUGUACGAAGAAGAGGAGGAGGAGGAGGAGGAAGAGUGGGAGUACCUGGAUGAGACUCAAGUGUAUCUGCGAUCCAAGUUCUACGAGUCUUGGCUGUGGAUGGAUGUUAAGCUGCCCAUCCAGGCAGAGACAGACGGGUUGGCGUCUAUGAACGUGGCUAAUCCCUUACCUGACAGCAUCACUGAAUGGGGAGUCCUGGCCAUUAGUGCAUCACCCCAUACAGGUUUCUGUGUUGCCGAGCCGUACAAUGUCAGAGCAUGGAAGCGUUUCUUUGUUGACCUGAAGCUGCCAUAUUCAGUGGCGAAGAAUGAACAGGUCGAGAUUAAAGCCGUCAUCCACAACUACGGCUACGACGAACUGCAUGUGAGGGUGGUGUUGAUGAAGACGGAGGGCAUGUGCAGCAUAGCCUUUAAAGACAGACACACACAGGAAGUGACGCUGUCGGCCGGCUCUUCUGUUGUGGUGCCUUACACCAUCGUACCACUGGUGGUGGGGAAGCUUCCUCUGGAGGUGAUGGUGGUCGGCAGAGACAUGAUGGGAGGAGACCGCAUACAGAAACAUUUACGGGUGGUGGUGGAUGGAGUUCAGAAGACUGAAGUAUGGAGUGCAGUGUUGAACCCAGCUGCUGAAGGAGGAGUGCAGACGGUUCGUGUGGGCCAGAUCGAACUAGAGUCAGUUGUGCCGAACUCAGUGCCAGAGACAUUCAUCAAUGUCAGAGGUAAUGUGUUGGCAGACAGCAUUGAUAACUCCAUCAGUGAGGACUCUUUGGCCUCUCUGAUCCAGAUGCCUGGCGGCUGCGUGGAGCAGAACCUGGCCAGCAUUACUCUGCCGCUCAUCGCCACCCUCUACCUGGACCGAACCAGCAGCUGGGACAGUGUAGGGGUGGAGCGCAAGGCUGAGGCUCUCCGGUACAUCAGGAGAGGCUAUGAGAACCAGCUAGCCUACAGAAAGAGUGAUGGCUCGUACCCCCCCUACAGCAGAGAAGGCGCAAGUACAUGGAUCACGGCAUACGUGGUGAAAGUUUUCUCCAUGGCUAACUCCAUCGUUGGCAUCAACGAGCAGCAAGUGUGUGACCCUCUGCUCUACCUGGCGAAGAACAAACAGCGUUUUAAGGGGAACUUCGUAGAGGACAACCCAGUUUACAGCACUACCAUGACUGGUGGUCUCCGUGGCGAUGACCCUGAGACAACCCUGACGGCCUUCGUCCUCAUAGCGCUCGCUGAAGCCAAGCAGGCAGGAAUCAGCUGCAACGAUUUAAACACGAACUUAGAGUUAGUUAUCAGUAAUACAGCUGGAUACCUGAGUAGAGCGCUGGUGAAGACGGGGAGGAGACCGUACACUGUGGCUAUCGCCUCCUAUGCGCUGGCUCUGCUGGGGAAUACUGGACUCUACAACCUGAAACAAAUUUUACUGAGUGCUGCAGCUCGAGGUGGAAGCCACUGGCCUGACAGUCAGAACAGCUUGUUCAGCUUGGAGGCGACCGGCUACGCCCUGCUGGCUCUUGUCAAGUUGGGACACCUGGAGGAAGCUGCACAGCCAUUUAAAUGGCUGAACAGCCAGAGGAGGAGAGGAGGCGGCUUCGGCUCCACUCAGUCCACCAUGGUGGUGCUCCAGGCGCUGUCAGAGUACCUGAUUAACAAACCUCCUCCUGUUGACCUCAGUCUGGAUGUGGAUGUAAGGAUAAAAGGACGCAAGGAAAUCCGCUACCAUUUCAACCCCAAGACUGCCUACGCUGCUCGUUCCUCCAAAUUGCCUGCUAAUCUUGAUUUGGAAGUGGAGGCUCGAGGAAAUGGACAGGGCAUACUGGAGGUUGUGACCAAUUACAACCAGCUACAUGAUGUUGAUGAGAAAAUGCCCUGCAAGCACUUUGAGCUCAACGUCACUAUUGAAGAAUCCAGCGAAAAAACUCCAGCAGAUGUAGAAAAAUCCUAUCAGAUGACCAUCAAAGUGAGGGCUUUAGGACCCAGAGAUGUCAGGAUGGUGGUUCUGGAUAUAAGUCUGCCCACUGGCUUCACCCCAGAAAACUCAGACCUGGAGAUGUUGUCAAACUCUGUGGACCGUUACAUCAAUAACUUCCAGAUUGUUGAUAACCUGAGUGACAGAGGCUCCCUGAUCAUCCAUCUGUUCAAGGUGUCUCACAAAGAGCCAGAGAUCCUGGUGUUCAGGCUUCAGCAGAACUUUAAGGUCGGCCUCCUCCAGCCAUCCACCGUUACUGUCUAUGAGUAUUACAGCCCAGAUCACCGCUGCAGUCGUACCUACACUCCCAGAGAGGACACAGAGCAGCUCACACGGAUCUGUAGGGACAACGUCUGCCGCUGCACGCAGGGAGACUGCUGUGUCUCCAAAACCGACGGUGAAAACUUCCCCAACAAAGAAAGAGAGACGUUUGCCUGCAAGUCUUUACACCACGUUUUCCAGGUGAAGGUGCUGAGUGUCAGCCAGAGUUACUACGACAAAUAUGAGAUGGAGAUCACACAAGUUAUCAAGCUGGGUGUGGAGGAUGGUAUUGAAGUGGGCCAGAAGAGGAUUUUCAUGUCUCAUGGAGGCUGCAGAGAUGAACUCAACCUGAAGCAGGGCUCCCAGUACCUCAUCAUCGGCCCCAAAGACGACCAGUGGAACACUGACACCGACACAAACAGAUUCAUCUACAUGUUAGGAAAGGACACCUGGGUGGAACGCUGGCCUUUGUCUGCAGAGUGCUCCAGCAAUCCCAGCCUGCAAGCGAAAUGCAAGAGCCUUCAAGAUACUGCAGAUGAACUAUCUGUCAACGCCUGCAGGCUAUAGAGGUGUCUGAGCAGCAACUGUGCACCAGUCUCCUCUGCCCAAAGAUGGUUAAAAAAUCACUGAGUUCAUGAUUAUUUUAACCCAGCCUGUACAGUAAAGACAUUCAACAAGUUGUGUUUUCACUGUGGAAAUAAGAACUGUAAGUGGAGCUAGUUAUAGAAACGUAAGUGUAAAGUUGUUCUCUACCGUAAUGAUAUAUUAAGAAUGAGGAACUAAAUGCCACUGGCAGCAAAAAGAGUAAUAAAAACACACUAAACAGCCUCCUCAAAGGGUUUAUAGCUUUUAUAGAAUGAUUAACAAUAAGAAAAGGAAAUUAAUUGAUAAAUGAUUUAAAGCAAACUUCUUAGGUUCUAUUUAAGUCUGUCAAUUUGCAUUCUCUUUGAUUGGUCUGUCCUAAGAAAUAUAUAAAAUCAGCGGUUUUCUGCAUGAAUAAACAAACUACUUAAGAUAUA